AAGAUUUCCCAACAGGAAAAUUCUGUGCGACAGACUUCUACUCUUGUUUUUGCAAAACGUGCCAGCCUUGAAACCUUGUUUUUCAUGCAAUCUACCUUCGCCUUUCCGUUCAGUGCGCGAUUAUCCUCAUUGGCCGUUCACCACCACUGGACCUUGAUUUGUCGUUCCGUAACGCGCCUUUUCUGCGCGUCGUCUGCUUCAAAUCGACGUCGUCUGCUUUGAAAUCUUCGUCUGCUUCACAUCGACGUCGUCUGCUUUGAAAUCGUCGUCUGCUUCAAAUCGACGUUCACAUAUAGACUCUUCGCUCAGGGAGCAUGCUGCUGCUUCUAGUACUCGCGCUUUUCUUUUCUGCUUCUGUGCGUGACUUGGCAAGUGGACAGGAUGACAACGACUCAGCGACAUCUGGAUUCGGGAAUCAUCGGCAACAUCAGCAUCUGGUGCACGCUACAAGAGCAACAAAAUCACCUGAUAGUGGUUUGUUAAAGAUACGAACGUCACGCGAAAGUUAUGGUUCGGACGUCCCACGGAGUGCCGAUGCGAUCUUGAGCGACAGACUUCAAGAUUUUAAGUCGGAUAUCCUGCCCACGGGUCGUACAGGACGCUCUGUGGAUCCCAAUGUGACAUCGGUGCAGCGGCCCACCCGCGUACAGCUGGUUGAUCCCAAUGACGUCCUCUUCGGGAUCUCCAAGGAUUUUGCGGUCAAGCUGAUAUGGGUCCUGGAAGAGCUUCUUGCCGCAGACGUGAUCACGUCGCAGUGCAUGUCCAGCUUAUUGGCGACGUACAGUGGUAUCCUUCGCGAUGACGUUUGGGCUCUGAUGUUCCUGGAUUCAACGGGCAAAGUUCCUACGGGUCUCCUGGAAGGUACAACCACUAGCCUGGGUUCCUACGAUGAGUGUCUCUUCAUAAAGACUCCCAUCGACGUACCAGGUGGUACGACCGUUGUUGGUCGUUACUGUAUGCUACGCUGGAACAUCACCGAUGCAUCUGAGUUUCGUAGAGUAUCCGAAGACCCUGCUCAACAAUAUGUCCGAAGCAUUCAACUUGGAAUAUGCAUUCCUUCACAGUGUACCGGUGAUCACCUGGCCGCUGUUGCAGCUGAAAUGCUGCAAGCGCAAUACAGCUCCGUCGGGGUGUCAUCCUGUCGCAGCAGGCAAGACCGUGUCAUGAAUAAGGCUCAUGUCGCAAUAAUAUGUCUUGUAAGCUUGUGGUGCACGGUAAUCGUGUUGGCAACACUGAUACACAUCUAUUGGACACACGCUAAGCGAGACUCGAGGAAAGCUAGAGGAACUCCAGAACGCAUCAACUGCGAACCUUUACUGGAGAAAGUAAUACUCGGACUCUCGGCCAUCACGAGUACAAAGGGUUUAUUCGAACCGGAGCGAUGCAGUUCUCCCAGGAGGAUUAUCCAUGGCAUUAGAGUAGUAGCGGUGCUAUGGAUUUUCCUUGGACAAACAUACGAGCUUCAGACCUUCCAAGCACUGAGUAGUCCAGACGUAUACUAUUCCUGGCGGAAUUGUCCAUUGUAUUCCCUGGUCGUCAACUGGAGCCUUGGCUUCACGGUCUUGUUUCUAGUAGGGGGUGUUAUUGGAAGCAGCGCAAUAUUGGAAAAAUCUACGUCAGGCAUUGGAAGCCUUACCUUGACAGCUGUCGUCCUUCUGAGGCGAUACAUCGCACUCACCUUUCCUGCUAUAUUAGUGGUUGGAAUAUUCAUCCUCCUUCCUCUGCUUUUGGAAGGCCCAUUUGCAAACGAUAUUCUUCCGAAGCUCACAUCACCCUGUUACCAAGAGUGGUGGACGGUCCUGCUCCACUUCAACAACUGGAACGGCCUGCAAGACAUUUGCUACAGGCCACUGUGGUACAUUGCUUGCCAGUUCCAACUCUGCGCUAUUAUUUGCGUACCUAUCAUCAUCCUUGUAAGGCGCCCGAAUAUCGGUGUGGUUGCCAUGGCUGUCUUAUGUUCUGCGUCCCUUGUCGGCGUAUCUGUUCAGGCUUCGCUGUAUGGUUAUGAUCCUUUCCCGACCCUGCUUCCAGGCUAUGAUACGAGAGAUGCUUCCAGAACCCUGUCGUCCGUACUUUUUCUGCCAUUUCUUCACACACCGGCAAUAAUAGUAGGUGCGGUCGCUGGAUACUGGGCCUUGAAGGACAACAACAAGAGCCGCAGCACAACUUCCUAUUUUUUCUACUGGACUGCGGCUAUUGUCUCACUAGUAGCUGCUCUCUUUUCUCCCUACAUAUGGGACCAUUGGAUUCCAUCAGCGCCCUCUGCAAUGUUCUUAGUGGGUGUUAGGUUCCUGUUGGCGUGCAGCCUUGGAUGGUUGGUGUUUGAUUGUCUUCGCAAUAGAUCUAGUCUGCUGAGCAGAGUGCUAAGCUGUCGAUGUUUCGUGCCACUUAGCAGACUCUACGUACCAGCGUAUCUAGUCAGUGCAAUGGUAACAAUGUCACCGUCGCUCACAGCGAGGGAUCUCAUUUACGCCAGUCAUUCAGUAAUACUAGGGCAGUUUGUGCAGAAUUGCAUUACGAGCUACCUGCUGGCCUACAUACUCUACGUACUCGCCGGAGGACCAGCGAACGCACUGAAAGACGCCGUCUGGAAGUUCUGGGUAACGUCGUCCAAUCAAAAGGCACCACUCGACGAACUGGACAACAAAGUGCGGUUCCUCUCUGAAUUGCUUCAGUCCAGUAAAGCGCCGACAAGCGACAAGCCACGGCCACUCCACAGAAUAGCCUCCCUCAAGGAUAUGGUCGUCUGCCAUUUGUGACAUUGCAGACGACAGCUAAUUCUUUAUUAUGAGGCGUUGUCUUGGAAGGCAACCCUGUUAAAGUGUGAAGUUUGUCUUGCCGGCUGCCAGUGCAACUGCGUGCCGUGGGACAGUGGCCAUUCCAGGGGGGCGGUAUGGGGCGAUCGCCUCCCCCAAAUCAUUAGGUUACGCAUUAGGUUUCUUCCUUUCCUGGAACGCCUGGUCUGGAUACGCCUCUGCUGUGGGAAUACUACCCACAGGGGUUCUGGUCCUGGCCUAUCCGUGUCACUCAGCCGGCCUCCACUUCAUCCACGCUCCCUGUGGCUUUCAAAUGCAGCGCCAAUACGUCGAACUAGGCGCUCGCACGUCAGGCUGGAAGGAGAUAAAGUCGGACGUAACCGGCCAUAUCGGAUAUGUGGCAUCUGAUCUCCCAGAAGGCUGCGUCCAGUGACAUAUCCGGAGACUCCCCUGCACGUCCCAAAUGUAUGACGACAGCUUUCUCCCAUUCUUCUCUGGGCGUCCCCUACAGGGGGGCUUUGUUAUUUCAGCUUUAGACACAUGUCAGGAAUGACACGUAAGGCUUUUUUCACUAACCGUAAUAAUUAAUUACCCCUCCCACGUGAUCCCGACACUGAAUAAACCACUGGCCGCGUCUAUAUCCCACCAGGUAAAUCGGCGUUUCUCGUGAUGUCCACCGUACUUUGUAAAGGUACUUCAAGCGCGUAGAGCACCACCAAGAGGGAAUACCGUUCUUUACAUCAGCGCAGUAUUGUUAUCACUCAUUUUGACCAUCAGCUCCAAGGGCAUUACUAUCUCCAAGAGAUAGAAAGAGAGCAACGGGUAGCAAAAUGGUUAUUCCAAAUAUCAUGGUCGCUAUUCAGUGAACCUUGUGUUUUGUGACUGUCACAUUUUUUUCAAGACCUAAAGCUAAUAUGGGACAGUAAAGUGGCCAUCAAUAAUAUCGUCUUCAUUCUUCUUGACCUCUUUGUUGAACUUGAAUUUGUGGGGUGGAUGUUGUCCCGUGUGGACAGAAUAGGUGACAAAUAAAUUUUGCUGCUGAAUUUGAA